AUGUCUGCUGCAAAUACUGCCAAUGCUGUGAAGAAGCUCGUUGUGUUUGGAGGAACGGGCUUUUUAGGUAAACGGAUUGUUGAGAAUGCCGUCAAGAGAGGGUUUGACGUUACGUCGAUAACGGGGUCGGGGCGAAUGCCAAGACCCUAUCCGCAAGAGGACAAUUCGUGGAUGGAACAGGUCAAGUGGAAGCAGGGGAAUGUGUUCUUUCCGGAGACUUAUGAGAGGGAUCUGCAAGAUUGCACUGCGGUUGUUCACUCUAUCGGCAUACUACUAGAGAAUGAUUCAUAUAAAAAAAUAGUUGGGUCAGAGGACGGCUUGAUUAAUACUGUCAGUAGUUUGUUUACAACAAAUCCCGGCACCAAAACUACCAAUCCCAUGAUGAAAACCCCCACUGACGACGUGACCGGUCCAAAUGUGGUGAUUGACAAGACUUACAAGAGAUACAACACAGAGAGCGCCUUAGUUUUGGCCGAGACGCUCAUUGACGUCAACAGGGGUGAUAAGCCGCCUGCCUUUGCCUAUAUCUCUGCAGAUCGGGGGUUUCCUGGUCUUCCUUCUGGGUAUAUCCAAAGCAAAAGAGAGGCAGAGUAUCAACUAUAUCAACUGCAGCCUCGUUUGAGGCCGAUUUUGCUAAGACCUGGGUUUAUGUAUGACCCCAGUGAAGGUACUCAAGGACACAUGUCCAUGAGGUCAUCAUUGCGCACGUUUCUUGAUGGCCUCAAUGAGGUGAACAGCAAGUUGCUUUUCAACGCCUUGGACGGUAUUGUACGGCCUACUAUAUCAACCAAGACUGUAGCACAAUGGUGUAUGGACAGGAUCGAGGACCCAGACUUCCAUGGGCCCGUUAUGCUUGACGAAAUGAUCAACAUCAAAAAAUAG